GGCCAGAAGGUUUCUGGCGGCGCGGGCGCCAUUUUGCCGGAGCCUGCGACCGAGUGGGAGUGGGAGUGGAGUCGAGCGGCGGCUGUUGCCGACUCUUUCCUCCUCCCCACAGUCGAGUCAGCGGGUUGAUUAGUCCAUCGGCCCUCAAGCCGAGACUUGUCUCUUACUUAGUUCUGGGGAGCGCCUGGCCGACAUGAGUGAUGUAGAGGAGAACAACUUCGAGGGCAGAGAGUCUCGCUCUCAGUCAAAAUCUCCAACGGGAACUCCUGCUCGUGUAAAAUCGGAGAGCAGGUCAGGAUCUCGUAGUCCAUCAAGGGUUUCCAAACACUCUGAAUCCCAUUCUCGAUCAAGAUCAAAAUCCAGGUCGAGAUCAAGGAGGCAUUCUCACAGACGAUACACUCGAUCCAGAUCCCAUUCUCACUCUCACAGGAGACGAUCUCGAAGUAGGUCAUAUACACCAGAAUACCGGCGUCGAAGGAGCCGAAGUCAUUCUCCAAUGUCUAACCGGAGAAGACAUACAGGCAGCAGGGCAAAUCCAGAUCCCAACACUUGUCUAGGAGUGUUUGGCCUCAGUUUGUACACAACUGAGAGAGAUCUUCGUGAAGUAUUUUCCCGAUAUGGGCCAUUGAGUGGUGUCAAUGUGGUUUAUGAUCAGAGAACUGGACGAUCAAGAGGAUUUGCUUUUGUUUACUUCGAGAGAAUAGAUGAUUCAAAGGAGGCUAUGGAAAGGGCUAAUGGAAUGGAGCUGGAUGGUAGAAGAAUUCGUGUAGAUUAUUCCAUCACCAAGAGAGCACAUACACCUACCCCAGGCAUAUACAUGGGCAGACCAACUCAUAGUGGUGGUGGCGGCGGUGGAGGUGGUGGUGGAGGUGGAGGUGGUGGCAGACGUCGAGAUUCUUACUAUGAUAGAGGAUAUGAUCGUGGGUAUGACAGAUAUGAAGACUAUGAUUACCGGUACAGAAGAAGAUCACCUUCUCCUUACUAUAGUCGAUACAGAUCACGAUCAAGAUCUCGUUCCUACAGCCCAAGACGCUAUUGAUAAACAGAACAAUUGCAAUUGAGGACAUCUUUAUCUCUUUAUUUUCUUUUUUUCCUCUUUCUCUGUUUUAUUUCUGGAUUUCCCCGAGCUUCUAAUCCUUCAUACUUCAAGAAGAACCCUUAAAAGAUCUUUGGUUUAUUUAGGAUCUACACUUUGUCAGUUGUAUUGCUGUUUACCACCCCUUUUAUUAUAUUCUUAAAGUUGUAAUAGUUGUCAUUAUUUUGAGUAGUUAAACAUCUCGAGUAAAAAAGGAACCCCCAGUGUUAUGCUUUGGACAUUUUGUUUGUUUGGGGGGGGGGAGAGGAUUGUUUUGUUUUGUUUUUGCUUUUAUGGAAAAUUAACUCCUGGCUAAUCAAAUGAGGAAAGAUGUGAUCUUUUUACAACUUCUUUUGUGUUAGAUAUUGUAUUAGACAUGGUAUUAGAGAUCUGCAUUUACUACAGACUCCUUUUUAAACUACUUUUGGGGAAGUUAGUAACACAUAAAAUAGUUCAGUCAUGUCAAGUUUGUCUGGGGUGGCACAGAGCAGCCAAGUAGUUGAGUGUAGAAAGUUUGAAGCUAUAGAAGAAAACAGUUGGUCAUUUCUUUUGAAGAACAGAAUUUUUGAACCAUAAAAAAUAGUCGUUUUUUAGAGAUGAAGAGCUGUGGAUUCCUAUAAAACAUGUAUUUAAAAUACAUUUGUUAAAACUUAAAAACGUACAGUGUGAUUUUUUUUGUGUUGAAUUUAUUGAAGUUUAAUCAGUGAGGGACAACCCUUAUUUAUUAUUUAGAGCAGUUGUAUACUUUGCUGUUUGAAAUUUUGGUAUUGGGACAGUGGUUAAGCAGGCUGUUGUAUAGCGUCUUUAGAAGUAGUAUGGGGAAAACUAGUCUCCUUUCAAAUAAAAGUUAAUUUCUUUGAAAA